UGAAAACAAUAACAUGAGGGUGAAUUCGGGGUUAUUUAACAUCUGUCUUUGAGUAGAUAACACACAGGUUGUCAUUUGAACACCCGUGUCGCUUUGUUUUCCUGUUUUAUAUCUGAAUAAAUUAACCCUCUGCGGUGCGACGCGGUCAUGUUGUUCCACCGGACUGCGGCUCUCAGCUGCAGAAGUCUGUCCGCCCUGCGCUGCCUCCAGGCCGGCUACUCCACCUCCAGAAGCACCGCUACAUACAUCCAGGGUCAAAGCCCCGAGCCUCGUAUCCGAGAAUACUUUUACUAUAUUGACCACCAAGGACAGCUGUUCCUAGAUGACACUAAAGUGAAGAACUUUGUCACUUGCUUUAAAGAUAAGAAGUUCCUGGUCUUCUUCUUCAGCCGUCUGCGUGUCAAUCAGAGCGGGCGUUACGAGGAGGACUUCCCCUUCUUGUCCCUGUGUGGUAGAGAGAGGAACUUCAUGCGCUGCGAUGACCGACCUGUGGUCUUCACCCACCUGCUGCAGAACCCCGAAGGACCGCAGGGCAUCAUGGGAGACCAGGAGCUGCUGUCAUACUGCGGCGGAGCGGAGAAGCUGACCGUCCCAUUCCGACCGGAGGCGCUUUACAUGCAUCCUGACAGCGGACGAGUGUAUCACCCCUGCUCAGAGCGAACAGGCAGCGUCGGCCUGGUCCGGUCGGCUCUGGCCAUCGAGCUCAGCCCGUUCUUUGUUUACGCUCCAGAGCAGAGCCAAUCAGGACAGCCGACACACUUACUGUGGGGAGGGAAGAAGCACAUGCUGACUAAUGAGCUGGCAGGAAGCUUCCCUCCAGCAGAGGAGGGCAGGAGGGAGGAGUGGGAUAAUCAAACAUAAUGACAGCAGGAAAAUACAACUACUGAUACUUGUGAUCACAGUGUGAUUGAUAUUGAUUGAAACCUGGACCAGUGUGUCCUCAUUUAGUUACAUGAUGAGUGAAGAGUGGAGGUUUCAUAUUUAACAUUUGAUCCAGACUGUUGGAUUGGAUUUCAUUGGCUGAAUCUGUGGUUCUCAACCAUGUUUAUUAGCCUUAGACCUCUCAAACAAAGCCCUCAUUUCUUUUCUUUAGAUUCCCGACAUUCAUUUAAGGUCCUGAAGAGAUUAAACUAUUCACUAAAUCACAAAAAAAGGCAAAGAUUAGAUGCAGAUCUGCAGAAAUAUCUAAACUGUAAUUGCUUGUGUAGCAGGAAUGUUUCUUUUUUUUCCUUUACUAUUUCUUUCCUGUUUCAUUAAUCAUUUGAAACAUGUUAGAUUAACAGUGCAGGGUUGAGAACUGCUGGUGUAAAGCUGCAGGGUUUGAGAUGACAGUCACAGUAAUCUAUCCAGCUGUCAGAAUAUAGAAUAAUACAUUUAAUACAGAAACAUGCUAUUCAUGAUAAUAGCUGCAGUGGCUCAAUUGCAUGAUUUAAACAUUUGACAAAUAUAUGCAGCACAUCAUAAUACAGGUAAGAUAGAGGUUGGCUCCAUAUCCAGUUAGUGCAGUUAUGAAAUGGUAAUAUGUUGUGUAUAACAACAGGAGCAUUUCUGAAAUAUCUCUAAAUAAAUAAAGUUACUCUGAAGGUC